GGCUGAAGCACAUUCCUGCUUUGCAAGGCUUUCUGUUAAGGAUGCAUUGUGGCUUUUGUUUGGAUUGCAGCAUGCGGAAUUACAGCUGUUCAGAGGAGACUCAUUACAACUCCUGCUGAAGCUCCUAAUCUUCCUCCCUUCUCUUCUGCCCCUUCCCCCUACCCUCACUUGGCCUGAAGACGUUGUCCCCAGAGUUUGCCUUACUCCCCUGCUGCUAUGUGUAUGGUGAACCUGGCACUAUGGCCGCGUCUGGGACUGGCCAGACAACUGCUGCUGGCUUUCCCUAUUCCAAGAAGGAUUUAAAGGGGAAUUGUACUGCAGGCAAUGAACCAGAGCAGCAGCAUCGGGAGCUUGGGGACUAAGGCUCCUCUGUCAUUAUUACACACUUGCAGAGCUGACCGCAAUGACAGCAGCUGCUCCUUUGAACUGUUGGCAGCAGCCAAGCGGCAGCAUGAAGUGAGAGAUCACUCCUGAGCUCAAGAUGAACUCCACCUUGGAUGGUAAUCAGAGCCACCCUUUUUGCCUCUUGGCAUUUGGCUAUUUGGAAACUAUCAAUUUUUGCCUUUUGGAAGUGGUGAUUAUUGUCUUUCUAACUGUAUUGAUUAUUUCUGGCAACAUUAUUGUGAUUUUUGUAUUUCACUGUGCACCUUUGUUGAACCAUCACACUACAAGUUAUUUUAUUCAGACUAUGGCAUAUGCUGACCUCUUAGUUGGAAUAAGUUGCCUGGUCCCAUCCUUAUCACUCCUCCACUACCCCCUUCCAGUAGAGGAGUCCUUGACUUGCCAGAUAUUCGGUUUUGUAGUAUCAGUUCUGAAGAGUGUCUCCAUGGCCUCUUUGGCCUGUAUCAGCAUCGAUAGAUACAUUGCCAUCACUAAACCUUUAACCUAUAAUAUGCUGGUUACGCCCUGGAGACUACGCUUGUGUAUUUUCCUGAUUUGGGUAUACUCCACACUGGUCUUCCUGCCUUCCUUUUUCCACUGGGGCAAACCUGGAUAUCAUGGAGAUGUGUUUCAAUGGUGUGCGAAGUCUUGGCACACAGACCCCUACUUCACUCUGUUCAUCGUGAUGAUGUUAUAUGCCCCAGCAGCUCUCAUUGUCUGCUUCACCUAUUUCAACAUCUUCCGCAUCUGCCAACAGCAUACAAAGGAAAUCAGCAAAAGGCAAGCCCGCUUCAGCAGCCAAAGUGGGGAUACUGGGGAAGUGCAGGCCUGUCCUGAUAAGCGCUAUGCCAUGGUCCUGUUCCGAAUCACUAGUGUAUUUUAUAUCCUCUGGUUGCCAUAUAUCAUCUACUUCUUGUUGGAGAGUUCCACUGGCAACAGCAACCGCUUCGCAUCCUUCUUGACCACCUGGCUUGCUAUUAGUAACAGUUUCUGCAAUUGUGUCAUUUAUAGUCUCUCCAACAGUGUCUUCCGAAGGGGAUUAAAGCGCCUCUCAGGGGCCAUGUGUACUUCUUGUGCCAGUCAGACCACAGCCAAGGACCCUUACACAGUUAGAAGUAAAGGCCCACUUAACGGAUGUCAUGUCUGAAGUGGCUCAGAUAUUGGGUCACUCUGUGUUUUUUUCUUUUUUAUCUCUUUGUGUUCCUAGUUCACUAGGAAAUCUGGGACAGAAUAAUUUGACUCUAAGCAAUAGCAAACAAAUGAUCCAUCCACAUACCUUCUAAGUUUGCAGAAAUGAAUUUCAAAAUGUGCUUCUGAAUCAGAAGAAUCAUGAUUAUGAAGAUAAAUUGCUGUUGGUUCUAAUUUUUGAAAUGUCAUGGAAAUGACUACGUUCUCAGAUUUGAACUGAAAAAAGCCAUAUCUAACAUCUCUCUCCAGCUGGCAUGACUGAACCUGGGUGUGAAAGGCAUCGGCAUUUUAAAAAAUCAUCAUUUUCUUGUUGCUUUCUGUGUUCUUUCCAGCUAUUUGAGUUUCAUGUGCAAUUGAUUUCUUUUAAGGGAGUAUUAAAAUACAAUGAUGAUUAACAGGGUUUAAAAAAAAUUUUUUUUGUAUGCCAAAGUUUAAGUACACUGAAAGUUUCAACAUUGUCAUUUAAAAAGCCAAAUGUCUUAUGUCUUAUUUUCUUGAGAGAAUUCUAAAUAGGGUGAAUAAUGUGAAUACUUAAACAUUAAUUUUAGAAUUUUGCAAUGAACCAUGAAGCAAAAGUCCAAUCAAAUUAUACAGUGUAUGAAAAACUGAGCUACUUUUUGUUUCACAGAGAUCUAAAGAUAUGUAUGCAUAGAAGUGGUUGUGUUGCAGUAUUUUGCCCAUGCCUUUCUGUAUGUGUAUGAGUACAUUGAGAAUAUUUGAAUUGAGUUGAAUUUCUCUUUUACAGCAGAAUAUGUUUAAAUAAGCUAAAAAAUAAUUAAGUGAUAGGCUGAUGGCUGUCAAUUUUAUUAUGGUGAAAAUAUAUAAAAAUGUGUCUUAAUGUUCUUGUUCUUUUUAAUCCAAACACUUUUGAAAUAUUAGAACAUCAGGGAGAAAUGUGUCAUAAUUGAAUCAGAAAAUAUAGUGUAGUAUAUUAAAUCAUUUUUUAAAUGGAAGAGAAUUAAGAUGUUUUCUUUGUGAUUAAAUGGAAUCAACUAAUAACAGUAGCAACUAAUUCUUUUUGAAAAGCAUUUUUUGUUAGUGUUAAGCAAUACACAUUUGAAGGGGGGAAGGAGAAAUUCUGGUUAAUCUAAGUCUCUUUUAUCGCUUUUCUCUUUCUGAAAAAAAAUCCUUUGGCGUACAUUUCUUUCCUUAACAGUUUUUUUUUUUUGGCCAAAGUACCAGUAAAAUCUAUAGGAUUUUAUUAUUCUAUAGAAUUAUCAUUGAGAGUGAUGUGUGUAUGUAGUAGUGAUGUUUUGUUCUUAAAAGUGAUUAUCUUUAGAGUAAGAAGUUUAUUUUUCUACAAGGAGAGAAGGAUUUCCAGCGGCUCCGGGCAUGAGAGUAUUUCCUGUACUUUUCUACUGGUUUUAAUGUUUUGGAAAUCUUCAGAGGACUUAUGUGAUCUCUGCCUUUGGCUAGAUGUUGUAAUUUGAAUGUGGCAAUGGUGUUCAAUGAGAUGGAAGAUGGAAGAAACCCAAGGGACAUGAGUUAAAGUGAAUUUCUGAAUUCAAGAAAGGACAGGGCUAUUUAUAACACAGGCAGAUAUCCUUUGGUUUUCCAUCAUGAUGUUUGAAACCCUUCUCCCCUUUUUAAACAAAGGGCAGCAUUCUUAUGAUGUUCAGUUUUAGACAUAAAUUUGAUUUUAACCUCAAAUAUGUUCUAUUUAAACUUUUUUUCAUUUAAAUGACUAAGUAUUAUUAUAUAAACAUUCAAACUUCAGAUUCUGGGUUUUCCCCAAAAGCUUUCUUGCUCUUUAUAUUUAGUGUUAGCAAAUUGGUUCUAGGGUGUUUCAAAUUUAGAAUUCAUACUGAAAUUGUAAGUUAUGUUAAAAAUGACUUUGUUAAAUUGCCAUUUCAAGUGGAAACUCUUUUGUGCUGGAUUCUGAAGAAUAGUUGUAUUGGACAUAUUUCCCCUUUUAAGUGGUACAGAUCUAAAAAAACCAAAAUUUCCCUUUUUUUAUGUAUGAUGGAGAAUGUAACUUGUUUAGAUUUGUAGUUUGCUUAUGAUUUUUUAGUUUAGUAAAUACAGGAAACUUAAAUAGUUAAUUGUUGUAGAAAAUUGCUAUUACAUCGGUAGGUUUUACUUUCUUUGGGAGCUGAGCCCUUUUAAUUUUUUUCUCCAAUAGGGUUCCAUCUUUUGAGAAGGGAAAAGAAAAGAUACCUGUUUUAAUUUUUUGAUAAUGGCUAAUCAAGCUGGUCUUUUAAUGACUGCAAAGACAACUCUUUUAAUAAGAACUUUUGUUAAUAAAUGUUUACAUUCUUAGUACCAAAUUCAGAUUUUAUUGGAGGCAUUUUUUUCCACAUUAGCAUCUCUAUUAAUGUGUCAGCUCAGAGCUAAAGUAGAAACUAAAUAGAUAUAGUAAUUGCAAAGAAAAAUAGUCUCCCCUUGAAUUUGAUUAAUAUCAGGUCUUUCCAGUUUCUUCCACUAUUAAUAAUAUGCGAUUAUUCUCACAUUUAUGUCCAUACCGCCUUCUUAUUUUAUUUGGUUCUAUGUGUGUGUGUUGGGGAGAGGGAGUGCAUCUGGACACAGUCCUCCAAUCUUCGGUGGUUGGGGGCAUUUUCUUAUAAUACAUUUGGCGAGUUUGUGUUUAACUAAUCUUUUCAUCCUGGCAUGUUUAAUGCAACAUUUGAUGAUGUUUGGUUUGAAUACCAAUCUGACUAGUUCAGAACGAGAAUUAUAUUUUUAGACUCAAUUACCUUGGCUUUGGCAGGAUAGCUCAUUUGACUUUAUAUGGUAUGUGACUGGUAUCAGAGGAAGCAUAUGCUUUUGGUGAUUGUGUUGAAAUUAUUUCAUAUUAAACUUUAAAAUAAUAUACUAAUUGUUGUCAUUU